ACGGCAACGGGGGGAAAUAAACACUCCGGGCCUCACAGUACAAGUUCUGCCGUGGUGUGAUGUCAUCUUCCACUCCUGCCAUUGGGCUCCGUACUGGCUGCACCUCUGUGGCUUCAGCUGCUGAGCCCAAGCGUCUUCCCGCCCAGCCCCCCAGCUGUUUGGGAGUCUUUGAAGUGGGGUGGGUUGUGGAUGGAGGGGCCUGGGCAGGGGUACCGGCUCCUGGCUGGUCAGGCACUGCUUGUAACCGCUACUGUUUGUUUCCUCCCAGCCUUCACUAUGAAACAGCCCAAGGAGGCCAGGAACCUUGUGUUCUACGCACAGCACCCAGAGAAGGAGGAAGAGGUGCCCUCAUGGCAGGAGAUAAAGCAGACCCCUGUUGUCAUGGCCACAAUCAGAGGUCCAGGGCCUGCCAAAUACCUCCGGCCAUCCUGUACCGGCUAUAUAGCCCACGACCCCUCCAUGUUUCAGGAGCCAGCUUAUAGCCUGCACACACGGCACUCUGAGAAACGGAUCACAGACACUUACAGCCCUGGGCCUUGCUAUUUCUUGGAUCCCAAAGCAACUCGUUUUGGAAUAUCUACCUGCCCCCAGGUCCCCAUGGAGGAGCGCAUCUCCAACCUACGCAUAUACACCACACCAGCCCCCUGCCACUACAACCUUGAGAAGACUCAACCCCCUGGGGAACAGAGGGCUCCCCAGUAUACUUUUGGCUACCGGUGUCCAUGCAGAGUGAUGGACCCUAACCCGGCCCCCAACCGGUACCAGCUGCCACUCACGCUGGGACCCAACACCCCUGUCUUUCGAGCUGCCCCCUGCUAUAGUCUGGGUUCCUCAAGCAAGAACUGGUUCUAUAAGGAGGAUAUAACAGGAGGUCCUGGACCUGCUAUGCAUGCCCGACCUGAGCCGUCAGUCUACCAGAACCGAAGCCCCGUGUUUAGCAUGGCCAAGCACUUUUCCUAUCCACUGGACCACACACUUCGGCCUGGCCCUGGCUCCCACAACGUCCAGCUGGUCACUGCGCACAAGCCCCGCAUCCCUGCCUUCACCAUGGGCAUCAAACACUCUCCCCACUUGUGCCCGCUGAUUGUGAACAUUCUUGACUGAGGCCCCUGCUCCUGCUGCAUGCUCCUCCCUCCUCAUAGAAGCUAUUUUUCUAGAGCACACUGAACAACCUGACCUAUAGCA